AUGAGUAUCAAUAAUUCCAAAAACUCAACUUUUUUAUCGAGAUCCUUAGUCCAAGAGCCUUCAAGUACUAUUAAUGGUGGUAGCAGUCCAGUAGUUUAUGAUGCAUCGAGGUCUUCUGUUGCAGAAUUAAGACGAUUAUCUACUUUAUCAAGCAAAAAAGACUUAUCCAACCUACAAAUUCCCACAAUAACGGAAAAUGCAGAAGACGUUGCUGGUUUAAGAGGCCGUAUUAGAUUACAAAAAACAGAGGGCAAACGUAGUUCACGUAAUUGGAUGGAUCAACAAAGAAAAAAUCUUCAAGCAUACGAAUACUUAUGUCACAUUGGUGAGGCUAAAGAGUGGAUCGAGGCUUGUAUUGCAGAAGAAAUUGAUCCAAUUGUGUUAUUGGAGGAAAGCUUAAGAAAUGGAAUAGUUUUGGCUAAAUUAGCAAAAUCCUUUGAGCCAUCAGUUGUUCGAAAAAUAUUUAUGGCUCAAAAAUUACAGUUCAGGCAUUCAGACAAUAUCAAUUAUUUCUUUGCCGCUAUCAAAAAAAUAAGAUUACCUUUGAUUUUUUGGUUUGAAUUAACUGAUUUAUACGAAAAGAAAAAUAUCCCCAAAGUAAUUUAUUGCAUACAUGCUCUGAGAAGAGGAUUAACACCUCGUAUUAAAAAUUUAGUGGGAAAAUUAGAAUUCACUGACGAACAAUUACAUCAUACACAAAGAGGAUUGGACGCAUUGGGUGUGGCAAUGCCAAGUUUUGCAAAUGUUGGAGUUGCACUGGCAGCAGAAUUGAAUGAGCCUAUAAUUGAAAAUGAGCCUGAACCACCUACUGAGCCACAUGAAUCUGAUGAAGAAAAAAGCGCAAGAUUUUGGGAAGAAAAUAAAUCAACUAUUAUUAAAUGCCAAUCAAUUAUUCAAACGCAUUUAGCUCGCAAGCAAUUAUUAAAUCGUAGAAUGUUGCAUCAGCAAUCAUUGCCAUUCACCAUCAAACUUCAAUCACAAAUUCGUGGUUUAUUGAUUAGGAAUGAAUUACAUCAACGUAUUAAUGAGAUGCGUGAAUUAGAGCCAUGGGUUGUUAAGGUGCAAAGUCAAAUCAGAGGUUUAUUGUCUAGGAAUUUAUUUAAAGAUAAAUCGAAAUAUUUUGAAAAAAAUAUCGACAAAAUCAUUAAAAUACAAAGUUUAUAUCGCGCCAAACAUGCUGGCGAUGCUUAUAGAAGUUUAACAAUGGGCAAUAACCCUCCCAUCGGUACGAUUAAAAAUUUUAUUCAUCUUUUGAAUGAUAGUGAUUUUGAUUUUGAAGAGGAAAUCGAGUUAGAACAACUUCGACAAGCAGUAAUUCAACGCAUAAGAGAAAACAAUCAAUCGGAAGAAUUGUUAAAUCAAUUGGACAUAAAAAUUGCUUUAUUAAUAAAAAACCGUAUUACAAUAGAUGAGGUUAUUGCAAUUGCUAACCCGAAAAAACGUAAUAAGCGUUUAUCACGACUUAAUUUGCCUUCGGGUCCGUUCUCCUUACAAUCAUUAGAUAAAGAGUCGAGACGUAAACUUGCAUUGUAUCAACAAUUAUUUUAUAUAUUACAAACUCAACCAACUUAUCUGGCAAAACUGUUUUUUAUUUUAAACAAAACUAGUUUUCCUGAAAAAACAAAAAAACUGGUCGAAGGUGUUGUUUUAACAUUAUUUGGAUACGCACAAAAUUCAAGAGAGGAGUUUUUAUUGUUGAAACUUUUCCAGAAAAGUAUGAUGGAGGAAUUAGAAAAUAUUGAUUCGUUGCAAGAAUUUUUAAGAGGAAAUUUUAUGUUUAUGAAGUUAGUAGUACAUUAUAAUCGUGGAGCAAAAGAACGCAAAUUUCUAAGGGAUUUGUUGAGACCAUUGGUGGAACAAAUAAUGAAUGAUGAUAAAAUAGAUCUUGAAACAGAUCCAUUAAACCUCUAUAAAAAUCUUAUCAAUUUGGAAGAACUUAAAACAGGAUUACCAUCAAAGAGGCCUACUAAUAUUGAAUUUCAAGAAGCAUUAAAUGAUCCAGAAACAAGGACGGUUUUCAUACAUCAUUUACAAAGAUUAAGAAAAGAGACGGAAACCUUUUUAACAACAAUCACCAAUUCUAUUGAAAAAAUGCCAUAUGGCAUCAGAUAUAUUUCCAGAGAAUUGAAAAGAGCUUUAAUGAAUAAAUUUUCGGAUGAAACAGAAGAUGCUGUAAUGAAAGUUAUUGGCCAUUUGAUUUAUUAUCGCUAUUUAAACCCUGCAAUUGUAGCACCUGAAGGAUUCGAUAUUAUAGAAACUGUUGUUAGUCCAAUGCAACGCAAAAAUUUGGCAGAAAUUUCGAAAAUGCUCAACCAAAUAUCAGUUGGAAGAUUAUUUGAUGAUGAUAACAUGUAUUUACAACCAUUAAAUGAAUAUGUGACUUACGCUGCAGAUAGAUUUUCUAAGUUUUUUAAAUCUGUUACAGAAAUUGAGGAUCCAGAAACAUUUUUUGGUAUCGAUGAAUUUAAUGAUUUAACACGCACCAAUAAACCGAUAAUUUAUAUUUCGCCAAAUGAAGUAUUUUCCAUACAUAAUUUAUUAGUUCAACGUAUUGAUGAUAUUGCACCAGAUCACUAUGAUAUGAUAAGGCAAAUUAUACAUGAAUUAGGUGAUUUACCACCAUUGCCGGAUGAUGAUGAUUCAUUUGAUCCGAACACAAAAGAGAUUGCAUUAACAUUGACAAGCAGAUUAUCGUUGAAAACGAUCAACGGAGAAGACUCAGAAAUUAAGCAUUUAUUUGUUGAAACAAAACGAUAUGUAUUGGCAAUUAUGAAAGUACAAAAUGGUAAAAAUUUAUUGGAUAUUUUAGUUAAAGCUGUUACAUUAGCAGAUGAAAAGACUUACGAAGAAUUCAAAAUGAAAUUUUUAGACCUAAAAAAACUGACAUUACAUAAUAUAUUGAAAUUAGAGACUGGAGGUAUAAUUACAAGAAAAAAUGAUUACCAAGAUAUAUUAAAUGCCAUCGCUACAGAUAUCAGGAAUAAGCAUAGAAGAAGGAUACAAAGGCAAAAAGAGUUAAGGCAAUUGAAACAAACAUUAAUUAACUUAGAAGAGAAGAGAUCUCACCUUGAUGAGCAAAUAAAAACCUAUAAUGACCACAUUGACGUUUGUAUGCAACAAUUAUCUACAAAGAAAGGCAAAAAAACCCGGUUGGUUUUGCCAUUUACUCGUCAAUACUUUCAUAUACGAGAGUUACAAAGGUCAGGAAGAGUGCCAAAAUUUGGGUCUUACAAAUACACAGCUCAAAAAUUAUACGAGAAAGGUGUGCUGUUAUCGAUUUCUGGCUAUCCAAAUUUUGACAAAUUAAGUCUUACAAUUUCAUCUGAUGAAUUGGGAAUAUUUAAAAUUGAAGUAUCACUUAGCGGGAUUAAUCUACCAGGUGCAAACAUGGAACUAAGAUUAGAAGAUCUAUUACAAAGUCAAUUUAACAAUAGUCAAGUAAUGAGCUUGUUUGAUGAUAGACACAUUAUAAGCUCUGUUCUAAGUGGAUUUGCUGUGAAAGAAUACAGUCUAGAUUUUGGAGCUGUAGGUAAAGUUGCUAAAGAAUAUGAAAAGAAUCGUUUAAAUGAAGAUGCAAAAAAUUAUAUUAAACCAGAUCCAGUACCGAUAUUUGAUGAAAUGAUAAAUUUUUUUGACGAAGCACCUUCUAAAGAAUUAUUAAAAAAAAAUGAUAAUAAAAUGAUGACUUCUAAAGGUAGAUCAACUAAGAAGAAAUUAGAUGAUGAUGUUUCUUCAUCUCCUUCAAAUCUAAUUGAGCAACAUUAUGAAGAUGAUAAGAAUGGAUUCUCAUUGAUAGACAAAUUAAUAACAGAUAAAGAUAAAAAAUUACAAAGUUUAAAUAAAGAAACUCAAACUGGAGUAGUAAGAAUUAUAUCAGACAUUUUUUCUACUGCUGAUCAAGUUACUUAUAAUUUUCAUAUACAUUCAGGUUAUAACAACACCAUCAUCACAUUAGCAAAUUCUCGUGGUGAUUCAUUAAUUACAAAAUCAAGUGGAAUUGUAGGCUUUAAAAAAGCUCAACGUGGUGGCUAUGAAGCAGCUCAUCAAACUGCUUCAGCUGUCAUCAAUGCAAUCAAAGAAAAAAAAAUUAAAGUUAGAAAUGCAGAAAUAUUUCUUAAAGGCUUUGGUGCCGGUAGAGAAGCUGCAUUCAAAGCUAUUGCCUCAGCUGAAAAUGAAUGGAGUAUUAAAAGAGUAACUGAUUCAACUCCAACUCCAUUCAAUGGUUGUCGCCCCAAAAAAACAAGAAGAUUAUAA